UUCCCAGAGUUCCUAUUGGGUUAACACUGGAGGCUCUAAGAUGGCGGCAGUGGCAACCUGCGGUAGUGUUGCCGCGAGUACUGGGUCUGCAGUGGCGACAGCCAGCAAGAGCAACGUCACCAGUUUCCAGAGGAGGGGUCCUAGAGCCAGCGGGACCAACGACAGCGGCCCUCGACUGGUGUCCAUUGCGGGCACGCGACCGUCGGUGCGGAAUGGACAGCUGCUGGUAUCAACCGGGCUCCCAGCCCUAGACCAGCUCUUAGGUGGAGGUUUAGCCGUUGGAACAGUUCUUCUAAUUGAGGAGGAUAAAUAUAAUAUUUACUCACCUUUGCUCUUCAAGUAUUUCCUGGCAGAAGGAACUGUCAAUGGGCAUACUUUGUUGGUUGCAUCUGCUAAAGAGGAUCCUGCCAACAUUUUACAGGAACUUCCAGCACCAUUACUUGAUGAUAAAUGUAAAAAGGAAUUUGAUGAAGGUGUAUACAAUCAUAAAACACCAGAAUCUAAUAUUAAGAUGAGAAUAGCUUGGCGUUACCAGUUAUUACCCAAGAUGGAGAUUGGACCAGUAUCAUCUUCAAGAUUUGGUCACUAUUAUGAUGCAUCAAAAAGAAUGCCACAAGAACUAAUUGAGGCUUCAAAUUGGCAUGGAUUUUUUCUUCCAGAGAAAAUAUCUUCAACUGUCAAAGUAGAACCCUGUUCUUUGACCCCUGGCUACACAAAGCUGCUUCAGUUUAUCCAGAACAUCAUUUAUGAGGAAGGAUUUGAUGGAUCCAAUCCUCAGAAAAAACAGAGAAACAUUUUAAGAAUAGGAAUUCAGAAUCUUGGCUCACCUUUAUGGGGAGACGAUAUUUGCUGUGCAGAAAAUGGUGGCAACAGUCACAGCCUUACCAAGUUCCUCUAUGUUCUCCGUGGUCUUCUGAGAACCUCUCUUUCAGCCUGCAUCAUCACAAUGCCAACACAUCUGAUCCAGAAUAAAGCCAUUAUUGCCCGUGUCACAACCUUGUCAGAUAUAGUAGUUGGUCUGGAAUCAUUUAUUGGUUCUGAGAGAGAAACUAACCCAUUGUAUAAGGAUUAUCAUGGCUUGAUUCAUAUACGGCAGAUUCCUCGGCUUAAUAACUUGAUCUGUGAUGAAUCAGAUGUCAAAGACUUAGCUUUUAAAUUAAAAAGGAAGCUAUUCACCAUUGAGAUGUGCUGGCCUCCUCACUAUUCCUGGAUUCACCCAGCAAACUACCUCCUCAGGGCCUUGAUAUUGCUAUUCCCUCUGCCUAGGACAAUGCAAAUUAAAAUAACAACUAUCAUGUCAUACCCAUCAAAUUGGUGUAUUUUCUAAAGCCUGGGAGUCAAGUAAGUUGGCAAAGAAGUUAAGAGAAACAGGAACUUUCAUACUCUACUGAUGGUUAUGUAAAUUGUUACAACUGCUUCUCAGAAAAAGUUGGCAAUAACUUGUAAUAUGGAUACCGUGGAUGUUUUUUGACCAGGAAAUUCCACAUGUGGAUAUACACUCUAGAACAACUUCAGCACAUAAAUAAGAAGAAAAGUAAAAGAAUGUUGAAUAUAGCAUUUUUUGUGAAACAGAAAAAUAUGAGAUAAGUUACAAAAUGAUACAUGCAUUAUGAUUGCAUUUGUAUGAAAUUUAUUUUUAAACAUGUAAAAUAACAUUAUACAUUAUUUAUGUAUAUACAUAUAUCUAGUAGUGAUUCAAAACUGUCCAUGAGAAAAAUAGAUGUCAAAUUUACUUCAGUGCUUACCUCUAGAGAGGUAUGGAGUAGUGGAGAGAUACACAGGAAUCUUCACUAUUCUUUUAUUCUGAAGCAAGUGUGAUCAAAUGUUAGAAGGCAAUAAAGUUUAGUGAUGAAUACAUGGGUGCUUUAAUUAAUGUUAUUUUCUGAGUUUUCUAUAUGUUUGAAAUAUUUCUACGUAAAUACACACAUGCCCCAAAUCUAGCCACUUCUUACCACCUCUGCUGCUAUAAACGUGAGCCUAAUCCCCAUCGUAUCUUGCUAUCAUCCACUUCUCACAAAGGCUGCUACAGUAGCCUCCUAAAUUGUCUACCCACACUUGUUUGCCAUACACCAUUCAAAGUAAUCCUUUAUCAUGAAGUAAAUCAGAUUAUGCUACUCCCCCGCUCAGAACACGCCAGUGGCUUCUCAUUAAAAUCCGUACUAUUUACUCUGACUUACAAAGCUCCUGUCUACUCUCACAACUCAUUCCCUAGCACUUUCCCCCUAGCCCACCAAGCUGCAACCACCUUCAUCAUCUUGCUGUUGCUUGCCAACCGUGUUCUUACUUCAGCGACUUACACCUACUGUACCCUCUAGUACAGUAAUACUAGUACAACUAGUAUUCCUUGCAUUGUUCCCUACUUCACUUUUUUUAAGUGUCUGCUUGAAUGACCUUCUCAGAAAGGCUUUCCCUGACCAACCUAUCUUUAAAAUAUCCUCUCCCCAGGCUGGGCAUGGUGGCUCAUGCCUGUAAUCCCAGCACUUUGGGAGGCCGAGGUGGGUGGAUCACCUGAUGUCAUGAGUUCGAGACCAGCCCAACCAACAUGGUGAAACCCUAUCUCUACUAAAAAAUAUAAAAAUUAGCUGGGCAUGGUGGCGGGCACCUGUAAUCCCAGCUACUCAGGAGGGUGAGGCAGGAGAAUCGCUUGAACCCAGGAGGCGGAGGUUGCAGUGAGCCAAGAUCACGCCAUUACACUCCAGCCUGGGUGACAGAGCAAGACUCUAUGUCAAAAAUAAAUCCUCUCCUUGGCCUAAAGCAAUGACACCCCCGUAACAAUGGCAUUCUAGUGCCAGUUCUUGGUCUCUGAGCUCAGUUUUCCAGUAAAAGAAACCAGGGCUUCAGGAAGAAGUGUUUGAUUGCUGGAUUCCAGGCCCAAAGGAGGGAAAAUAUAAAACAAGACUGAACAUCAUGUGCCAAAAAGUAAGGAAACAUUUAAAGAAAGAUGGAUGGGGACAUGUCAGAAAACCCACAGGAGCCAGCCUGAAAUAGCUCCUAAUGACCAAAGAUAAAACAAUUUGAGCAAGAAAAUAGUAUUGUUUUUUAGCCCCUAAAAUAAAAUAAAUAUCUAUGAGUUCAUACUAUUGUAAUAAAUAAAUUAAUGAAUUAGUAAAUCUAGAAGGAAAGAGGGAAAUAGAGAAUUGCUAUUAGGCAGAUAACACAGUAAUAAAUGUUGCAGACAAGAUUCCUCAAAGGAUGCAAAAAUUAAUGGGUAGAAAUUUGAGCAAGGUACUUACAAAGUAUAAGGUAAAACUUUAUAUUACAGAAACCUAACAGACACCAACUUGACAAAAUAGUCAAGGUAAACAGCACCAGUAUAUAAGACAUAUCAGCAUCAUGAACCCCUUGGUAAAAUGCGCUGAGAAGCAGACAUUAUUUUUUUAGCAGUCUUGCCAAAAAUGCAUAAUUUCUAUCAUGAAAAAACUUCAGACAAACCCAUAUUGAGGAACAUUCUAUAAAAUAGCUGAUCAGUACUCUUUAGAAGUAUCAAAGUCAUACAUAAAAGAUGAGGAAAAAUUGAGGAAUUGUUAUAGACUAGAGGAGACUAUGGAGAUACAGCAACUGAAUGCAAGUGGGAUCCUGGAAUUACAAAAAAACAAAAAAAAAAAGAAUAUUAGUGGAUCUGGACCUGGUACCUAAAAUAAUACCUGCAGCUUAGUAAUUACUUAUCAAAUUGGUAUGUCUGUCCAUCCAUUCAUCCAUCCAUCUUUGAUACCUCCCUUUUUCUCAUGCUUCACAUCCAAUUUCUCACCAAAUCUUCAUUUAACACCUGGUUCCUUGUGGAGAGAGACUAGGAGACAAAUGAUAUCAGCAACACCACAACAACUUUUUGGUAGAUCCUCUGAAUUUUCCUACAUAUCUGGGAUAAGAUUUUAUUUUGAAGGAGUAAAUAUUGAAAGGUUUGGGAAAUUUAUUUAAAAGAAUCACAGAAGUGAUCACAAAUAGAAGUAACAAAGCCUCUGGCUUUGCCUGUUUUGGGGAAUGGGAGCUCAUCUUCACUUGCCUGGAUUGCUGUACUGGCCUCCUAAUUGGUCUCCCUGCUUCCAGUGUUGCCCAGCCCGUUAUUCCCACACAAGAAUGAUGUCCUUAUAGCCAGAGAAGUAUUUUCAGGAGGAAAAUCUAAUCAUGCCACUUUCCAUGACUAAAAGCCUUCAUCGAUUCACCACUGCCUUCAGAAUGGAAGCCCUACAGAUUCUGCCUCUGCCUACUUCUCCAUCCUUAUCUUUUACUAUUUCUGGCACAAACCAUAAUCACCAUUCAUACCAAACAACCCACACUUUUACCCCUCUUUGGCUUUGCAUUUGCUGUUUUUCUUCUUCUCCUAGGACUCUAAUUUCCCAUCUAACUCUAACUUGCCUUUUAAAUUUGACUGGAGCAGUACCUUCUCCUCAAAGCCUUUCCUUGUCCGUUAAAGUCUCUCUUUAAGUGUACUUUCAGCUCCUUCGCAGCACCUUCUUAAGGACAAGGAUUACUUGAAUCUCCAGCUAGCUUGUUGCCUUGUACAUGGUGGUGCUCAAUAAACAUUGGUUGAGAAAGAAAAGGAAGAAAGGAAAAAAGGAGAGGACAGGGAAGUUUUAAAGUUAUGUAAAUAUUAAGCAAAAAAAGUCUUCUCUGCUUUUCUCCUUCUCUACUUUGAUUUCAGGCUCUUUCAUAUUUGUGUAAUUUAUUUUACCUGAUUAUCUGCUUAUCCUUUGACGUAGAUGAAACAUAAAUAUCCAUUAACUGAAAGAGAUUUAGAAAGCUGUCCACUGCGGCAUAAACAAUGGCUGAUAACAAUGGUAUUGAGCCAGAUUAAGAGUAUGAAGUGCAUGUUUCAUUGUAACCAUCAGAGAAUCUGAUAUAAUGUCUAGAUUUUUAACUUCUUUGCCAUCUUUAAACUUGACAAUGCCAAUUUUUUGAAAAAAUCAUACUGAAAUAUAGAACUAUCACCAAA